CCGAAAUAUGAGCCGGACUAAUAAUCCCUCCGAUCGUGAGACAUACGAGAACAUGUACUAGGUUUGAACAACGACAACUUAUGCUCAAACCCUUCUCUAAACCGGCCUGAGCAAAGACAAUCCACCUAUUCGAUACCAUGUUAGCUUCGUAGUAUCGAUCGACAUGGAAUCUAAUCUAGAUAUGGAUGUUGAUAUUGUUCCCCUCUCUCGACCACCCCAGUUAUCAGAGGCAUUGGAUAAAUCAGACGACUGGACUGGAUUAAGUGAUGCACAACAACGAAGAAAAUUACAGAAUCGAUUGAAUCAAAGAGCUCGUCGUCGACGAAAAGACCCUGACAAACAAACACAUCUCUUCUCCAAAAUCGACGAUAUUCGUCGUGGACAUCAGAUAUCCAAUCUACCUCAAAGUAAUACUACUACUACUACUACUACUAUAAUCUCGACCAAAAAGACUCGUCCUCAUCACACCCCUAAUUCCAAACAAACAUUCAUUCUCCUUCUGGGCCAACUGGCAAUUGACCACCAACAUUUCCAAUUCCAAUCCUCCUCAUUCAAAUACCACCAACCCAAUCUACCCAUCUUCCCUCUAAGCCGCGACCACCUCAUCCCUUUAGUCCACUACAACGUCCUCCGCGCCGCCAACACAAUCCUCGUCUUACUUCGCAAUACAUCACCGAUCUUCCAACCCUGUACCAACACCGACACCAACUCUGACGAAUUCCAAUCCCAUUACUUCCGAAUCACCCCGCUCCCAAGCCCAAACCGCCUCCCCCCAUCCCUCCAUCCAACUCCAUUACAACAAAAAGUCGAACAUGCCGAAUGGAUGGACAUCUUCCCAUUAGGCGGAUUACGCGAUUCACUGAUUCGACAUGCGGGCACGUUUGAUGAAAGUGAUUUAUUGAAUGAUUUUCUAGGUGGGAUUUUAACGAAGAAUUUACCCGUGAGGCGACAAACCGGGCCCGGGCAGUCGAAGGGUAUAGAAGCAAAAGCUAGGCCGAAAGCGAAACGGUGUAGUGAAGUAUCUAUCGGUGCGUCGCGGGUCGGUGAUGAGAAUAGAGGGUUUGUGGUUUGGGGCGAUCCGUUUAAUGUGGAGGAGUGGGAGGUUUCAGAGGGGUUUAUGACGAAAUGGAGUUGGUUGUUGAGAACGGGGUGUGCGCCGCUUCUGAAGGCGACGGAUUUACAUAGGGAAAAGAGAGGGGAGGAGCCGAUGAAUUGGGAGAGAUGGGGGAUUCAGGUGUAGUGAAUGAUUGAAUGAAUGAGGGAUGUGUAUUCGUAUUGUAUUCCAUGGAAUGCCCGUGUGAAUGGAUAG